AUGCACUAUGCCGUAGAUGCUGAGGAUACCGAUGAGGCCGAGGAUGCUGAGGAUGAGAAAGAUGCCAAGGAUGCCGAUGAUGACGAGUAUGCCAAGGAUGCUGAAGAUUAUGAGAAUGCUGAGUAUGCCGAGGAUGCCGAGGAUGAGGAAGAUGCUGAGGAUGCCGAGGAUGCGGAAGAUGCAGAGGAUGCCGAGGAUGUCGAGGAUGCCGUGGAUGCUGAGGAUACCGAAGAUGCCGAGGAUGCUGAGGAUGAGAAAGAUGCCAAGGAUGCCGAAGAAUAUGAGAAGGCUGAGUAUGCCGAUGAUACCGAGGAUGCGGAUGAUGCCGAGGAUGUCGAGAAUGCCGUGGAUUCUGAGGAUACCGAAGAGGCCGAUGAUGCUGUGGGUGAGAAAGAUGCCAGGGAUGACGAUGAUGACGAGUAUGCCAAGGAUGCCGAAGAUUAUGAGAAUGCUGAGUAUGCCGAUGAUACCGAGAAUGCCGAAGAUGCCGAGGAUGCCGAGGAUGUGAAAGAUUCCAAGGAUGCCGAUGAUGCAGAGGAUGCCGAAGAUGCCGAGGAUUCCGAGGAUGCCGUGGAUGCUGAGGAUACCGAAGAUGCCGAGGAUGCUGAUGCCGAAGAUUAUGAGAAUGCUGAGUAUGCCGAAGAUGCCGAGGAUGCCGAAGAUGCCGAGAAUGCCGUAGAUGCUGAGGAUACCGAUGAGGCCGAGGAUGCUGUGGGUGAGAAAGAUGCCAAGGAUGGCGAUGAUGACGAGUAUGCCAAGGAUGCCGAGGAUGAGGAAGAUGCUGAGGAUGCCGAGGAUACGGAAGAUGCCGAGGAUUCCGAGGAUGCCGUGGAUGCUGAGGAUACCGAAGAUGCCGAGGAUGCUGAGGAUGAGAAAGAUGCCAAGGAUGCCGAAGAAUAUGAGAAGGCUGAGUAUGCCGAUGAUACCGAGGAUGCGGAUGAUGCCGAGAAUAUCGAGGAUGCCGUGGAUGCUGAGGAUACCGAAGAGGCCGAUGAUGCUGUGGGUGAGAAAGAUGCCAGGGAUGACGAUGAUGACGAGUAUGCCAAGGAUGCCGAAGAUUAUGAGAAUGCUGAGUAUGCCGAUGAUACCGAGAAUGCCGAAGAUGCCGAGGAUGCCGAGGAUGAUGCCGAAGAUGCCGAGGAUUCUGAGGAUGCCGUGGAUGCUGAGGAUACCGAAGAUGCCGAGGAUGCUGUGGGUGAGAAAGACCCCAAGGAUGACGAGUAUGCCAAGGAUGCCGAAGAUUAUGAGAAUGCUGAGUAUGCCGAAGAUGCCGAGGAUGCCGAAGAUGCCGAGAAUGCCGUAGAUGCUGAGGAUACCGAUGAGGCCGAGGAUGCUGUGGGUGAGAAAGAUGCCAAGGAUGCCGAUGAUGACGAGUAUGCCAAGGAUGCUGAAGAUUAUGAGAAUGCUGAGUAUGCCGGGGAUGCCGAGGAUGAGGAAGAUGCUGAGGAUGCCGAGGAUACGGAAGAUGCCGAGGAUUCCGAGGAUGCCGUGGAUGCUGAGGAUACCGAAGAUGCCGAGGAUGCUGAGGAUGAGAAAGAUGCCAAGGAUGCCGAAGAAUAUGAGAAGGCUGAGUAUGCCGAUGAUACCGAGGAUGCGGAUGAUGCCGAGGAUGUCGAGGAUGCCGUGGAUGCUGAGGAUACCGAAGAUGCCGAGGAUGCUGAGGAUGAGAAAGAUGCCAAGAACGCCGAAGAAUAUGAGAAGGCUGAGUAUGUCGAUGAUACCGAGGAUGCGGAUGAUGCCGAGGAUGUCAAGGAUGCCGUGGAUGCUGAGGAUACCGAAGAAGCCGAGGAUGCUGAGGAUGAGAAAGAUGCUAAGGAUGCCGAUGAUGACGAAUAUGCCAAGGAUGCCGUGGAUGCUGAGGAUACCGAAGAGGCCGAUGAUGCUGUGGAUUCCAAGGAUGCCGAUGAUGCAGAGGAUGCCGAAGAUGCCGAGGAUUCCGAGGAUGCCGUGGAUGCUGAGGAUACCGAAGAUGCCGAGGAUGCUGUGGGUGAGAAAGACCCCAAGGAUGACGAGUAUGCCAAGGAUGCCGAAGAUUAUGAGAAUGCUGAGUAUGCCGAAGAUGCCGAGGAUGCCGAGAAUGCCGUGGAUGCUGGGGAUACCGAAGAUGCCGAGGAUGCUGUGGAUGAGAAAGAUGCCAUGGAUGCCGAUGAUGACGAGUAUGCCAAGGAUGCCGAAGAUUAUGAGAAUGCUGAGUAUGCCGAAGAUACCGAAGAUGCCGAAGAUGCCGAGGAUGCCGUGGAUGCUGAGGAUACCGAAGACGCCGAGGAUGCUGUGGAUGAGAAAGAUGCCAAGGAUGCCGAUGAUGACAAGUAUGCCGAAGAUCCCGAAGAUGACAAGAAUGUCGUAGAUUAUGAGAAUGCUGAGGAUGCCCAUGAUGCAAGGGAUUGCCGAAGUGCUUACUGUCAUAUCGCGUUGAAAUCCUGGUUCUCCUACGAUCACCGAUACUGGCCACUUCCUAUCUAUCUAUCUCUAUCUAUCUAUCUAUCUAUCUAUCUAUCUAUCUAUUUCUACGUUCCUAUCUAUUUCCUUGACGCUGCUCAGAUUUAUGCUUAUCUGUUUAUUAAGCACCAACAGCCGCUACUUCGAGAUGAUGCCAAUAAGCGCGUUUCCUAG